GCUUCGUUCAGUUUCAGUUAGGCUACCAACAUGGCAAAACCGAUUUUAUACUUUACGUCUGGCUCGCAGCCAUGCCGAGCGGUUUUACUGUUGAUUAGACAUCUAAAUCUGGACGUUGAAGUGAAAGUUAUCGACUUGUUUCACGGUGAACAACAUUCUGCGGAGUUUUUAAAAAUAAAUCCUGCCCAUGAGGUACCAACGCUAGUCGAUGGAGACUUCGUGUUGACAGAAUCUCGAGCAAUUUUGGCAUAUCUGAUCAACUCUAGAAAAGCGGGAAGUGAUCUGUAUCCAACAGAUCCACAGGCAAGAGCGAGAGUUGAUCAACGUCUCAAUUACGAUCAUGUUUUGUUCAACAAAAACACAUCGAUGUAUCGACCGCUCAUUUUCGGUGAAAUUGCGGCUAUUGUUCCACAAGCACGUGACGCUGUCAUUAAUACUGUAAAAGUCAUUGAAACGUUCCUCGAGAAUUCAAAGUGGAUCGCUGGCGAUAAUCUCACCAUCGCCGAUUUCUCCGCUCUUGCUAACAUUUCAACCAUAGUCGAAUUUGGAUAUGACUUGACGCAACAUAUGAAUUUAAAUCGUUGGUAUGAGCAAUGCAAAUCGCUGAACGGCUUUGAAGAGAAUUUAGAAGGAGCUAAGUUAUUGGCUUCCAUUGUGAAGAGCAAGACCGACACAAUAUUUUGAAGAUAAAAUUAUUAUGUUGUCCGUGUCCGUACAAUGUGUCGCAAUCAAUAAUAAAAGUUACUAAGCAGAAAAAUUUCUUAUCUGCCGAGAUAAGCUAAAUUCA